CUCUCGCUCGUCCUUCCCUUCGCUCCUGUCUUUCCUCCCUGCAUGUCUCUUUCUAUUUCUCUCUCUCUCUCUCUCUCUCUCUCUCUUUCUGGCAGCACUCAGCUUUUUUGGCAGGAGUGACCAGAAUAAAAACAGCAACACCAGACAUAGAAGAGAAAAAAGUUCAAUGAUCCAUCGAACCAAAGGCUUUGCCCUUUCUUAAUUACGUCGUGUCCAGUGUCGUUUUCUUUUUUCCUCCCCUCUUCACUUUUUUAAACACUUUUUGAAGUGCUAAUUAGCUCUUGGAGAAUAAAACCAGCUGAUUCGGGGAGGGCCAGUGCAUUUUGGGGCGAGAUGGCUAACAGGAGUGUUGCGUUGCUCCUUCUCGGAUUCUUCCUCUCCGCACAGCUGAGUCCUUCGCUGCAGGGAGGAGUGUAUGUGCCACAGGCUGGAGGAGGAGGAGCAGGACCAGGAGGUGCUGGAGUUCUGCCAGGAGCUGGACUUUACCCUGGAGCUGGCUCGUCUCCAUACAAAGCAGCUAAAGCAGCAGCAGGAGGAUAUGGAGGAGCUGCUGGAGCCGGAGCUUUAGGAGCCGGAGGAUACGGAGCCGGUGGAUAUGGGGGUUAUGGUGGAUAUGGUGGUGCUGGAAGAUACUACCCAGUGGCUGGAGGUCUAAAACCAGCUAAAUCAGGGACUGGCCUACCAGGAGGAGUUCUGCCUGGAGGAGUUCUGCCUGGAGGUGGUCUUCCUGGAGGUGCUGGUGGAAAGCCCCCCAAAGGGCCAGGUUUUGGAGGAACUGGUACUGGACUCCCAGGCCUUGGCAUUCCUCAGACCGGUGUACAAGGACUGGGCCCUGGUGGAGUUGGACCUGGGGGGAAAGCAGCAAAGGCUGGAAAAGCACCAGUUCCGGGAGUGGGAGUACCUGGACCAUAUCAAGGAGGACUGCCUGGACAAGGCUUCAAUGGACGGGGUGUUCUUCCUGGUGUAGCCACAGGGACUGGACUCAAACCUAAAUCAGCUGCAGGUGGGGGGCAGGGUCUGGUACCAGGUGCUGGUGGGCGUGGGCCAUUCGGUGGACCACUGCAACAAGGCGUGUUUCACGGAUACCCCCUCAAAUCUCCCAAGGCCCCAGGUGCUGGUUUGCCGUACACUGGGGGGAAACUUCCAUAUGGUUAUGGUGGCUUUGGUGGAGGUGCUGGACUCCCUGGUGGGAAAGCAGGAGCUGGCUCCAAGCCUGGUUAUCCAACAGGGACUGGUGUGGGCUCUUUGGGGGUCUCUGCUGCACAGGCCAAAGCUGCUAAAUAUGGUAAAUAUGGUGCUGGUGCUGGUUUAGGUGGAGCUGGAGCUUAUCCAGGUGGUGCUGGUGCUGGUUUAGGUGGAGCUGGAGCUUAUCCAGGUGGUGCUGGUGCUGGUUUAGGUGGAGCUGGAGCUUUUCCGGGUGGUGCUGGUGGAUUUUACCCUGGUGCAGUAGGUACAGGUGGUCUUACACCAGCACAAGCUAAGGCAGCUAAAUAUGGUCCUGCCCCUGGUGCUACUGGUAUUGGUGGCCUUCCAGGUGCAGGUGGACUGUUUCCUGGUCCAGGAGCAGGAGGUGCUGGUGUACUCUCCCCAGCUCAGGCAAAAGCUGCUAAAUAUGGUGCAGGAGCAAUUCCUGGGGGUGCUGGUAUUCUUCCUGGUGGUGCUGGGGUUCUUCCUGGUGGGGCCGGGGUUCUUCCUGGUGGGGCUGGAAUUGUGCCAGGAGCUGGAGGAAUCUACCCUGUACCUGGAGGUGCUGGUGCACUCUCCCCUGCUCAGGCAAAAGCUGCUAAAUAUGGUGCAGGAGCAGUUCCUGGUGGUGCUGGUAUUCUUCCUGGUGGUGCUGGGGUUCUUCCUGGUGGGGCUGGGGUUCUUCCUGGUGGGGCUGGGAUUGUGCCAGGAGCUGGAGGAAUCUACCCUGCACCAGGAGGUGGUGGUGCACUCUCCCCUGCUCAGGCAAAAGCUGCUAAAUAUGGUGCAGGAGCAGUUCCUGGUGGUGCCGGGAUUCUUCCUGGUGGUGCUGGGUUUGUGCCAGGAGUUGGAGGAGUUUACCCUGGAUCAGGAGGUGCUGGUGCACUCUCCCCUGCUCAGGCAAAAGCUGCUAAAUAUGGUGCAGGAGCAGUUCCUGGUGGUGCCGGGAUUCUCCCUGGUGGUACUGGGACUGUGCCAGGAGCUGGUGGACUUUACCCUGGACAAGGAGGUGCUGGUGUACUCUCCCCUGCUCAGGCAAAAGCUGCUAAAUAUGGUGCAGUUUCUGGUGGGGCUGGGGUGCUUCCUGGUGGUGCCGGUAUUGUUCCAGGUAGGACUGGGAUUGUUCCUGGUGGAGCGGGGAUUGUGCCAGGAGCUGGAGGAGUCUACCCUGCCACAGGAGGUCUUACACCUGCUCAAGCCAAAGCAGCUAAAUACGGUCUAGGUGCGGCAGGUGGAGCUGGUGCUGUUCCGGGUUUUGGAGGACUGUACCCUGGAGCAGGAGGAGCUGGUGUUGCCCCAGGCUAUGGUUCGGUUGCUGGGCUUGGAGGACAGCUCGGGGCUGGAGGGCUAGCAGCUGGCGCCAAACCUCCUAAAUAUGGAGUGCCUGGAGGAACAGGUUUUGGGGUCCCUGGAGGAGUACCAGGAGGAGUACCAGGAGGAGUACCAGGAGGGGUACCAGGAGGAAUACCAAUAACUGGAUCAGGAGGAUACCCUGCUGGGGCCAAGGCUCUAAAAUAUGGUUUGGGAGGUGGUGGUUUACCAGCAGGGACUGGUGUUGUGCCUGGACUCCAGAGACCAGGUUUGGGGGGAGCCCUAGGUGGAGCUGGAACAGGAACUGGAUAUCCUUUUGGAGGAUAUGGCACUGGAGCAAAACCACCUAAAUACGGUGUACCUGGUAGUGUACCUGGUGGAGUACCCGGGGGUGUACCCGGGGGUGUACCCGGUGGAGUACCUGGUGGAGUACCUGGUGGAGUACCCGGUGGUGUACCUGGAGGGUACCCAGCAGGAGUUAAACCUCCAAAAUAUGGAGUUGCUGGUGGUGCAGGCACAGUUCCCGGGGCAGGAGGUUUACCGCUUGCUGGAACUGGCACAGGACUGGCACCAGGAGCUGGCGUUGGAGGAUAUCCCGGUGGAGUCAAACCUCCUAAGACUGGCGCUGGGAUUGCUGGUACUGGUAUAGCAGCUCCUGGGGCUACACCUGGUGGCACAGGUAUUGUAGUUCCUGGUGUUCCUGGUGGCACAGGCGUUAUUGUUCCUAGUGGCACUGGGGUUCCUAUUCUACCAAGUGGAAAACCAGCCAAGCUUCCAACCCUGGCUCCUGCAGGGACUGCCAUACCAGGUGGAGCACAGAGAGUGCCCGGCGCUGUUCCUGGUGGAGCUUACCCCUAUGGCUCUGGCCAAUUUUACGGUAGCGCUGGACCGUCUGGAGUCGGGACUGGUGUUUUACCUGGAGCCAAACCGCUGAAAGCCCCUGGUGUUGGAGGAGUGGGUGGCGUUGGAGGUGUUGGUGGUGUUGGAGGUGUUGGAGGUGUUGGUGGACUCUAUCCUGGAGCAGGUGGAGGCUUUCCAGCAGGAGUUGGAUUGGGAACUGGUGGUGUGGGAACUGGUGCUAAACCACCAAAACCAGGUUAUGGCUCUGUGGGCACAGGAUACGCACAGCCAGGCGGUGUUGCUCCUGGAGGAUACGGAGCUUAUCCAGGGGGAUACGGUGCAGGACUAUCACCACAGCAAGCCAAAGCAGCUAAAUACGGUGGUGGACUGACGGGGUUCCUGGGAGGAGGGUAUCGAGGCGGAGCGGGCUGUCAGGGCAAAUACUGCGGCCGGAGGAGAAAGUAGAGGAGCUCUUGAGAUGUGAAGUGACCUCAAGAAACAUGGUGCUACUGCAUGCUCUAGAAUGUACUUCCGAUACUCCAACCGUCCCAUCAUGCACAAGUGUUAUGUUUUGUACUGACAGUAUAUAUUUGUAACAGACCCAAAUCCCUGAAAGCUGGAAUAACCCCAGUCCUGUUCGUUUAUGGCACAUCCCAAUCAUGUUACUGUUUCCUCUCGCUCGUACACCCGCGUCCAUUCACUGGCAGUGCUGUUGAGUAGCCGUAGACCGCUCAUCUGUGGGCGCUCCUGACACCACACACAGCUCUUCAGCAUCCAGCUCUCAUGGCAUUUCUCCUCCUCAUGCUGAAUACGCCACUGGAUCUGCACUGGGCUACACAUCAGGGCUUCAUCCUGAGGGAAAUAAACAAGAAAGAAAUGAUAUUUUACAUAAAGAAAAUGAUUUCCCAGUACUGGGUUGCAGCUGAAAGGGUAUCCGCUGUGUAAAACAUAUGCUGGAAUGCUGCCCUGAUGAAUAAAGGGACUAAGCUGAUGCAAAAUGAAUGCUGAAAAUGAAGCAUACACUGAAAAAUCCAGCGCUCUGCGCUCUGUAGUUACUUGUGUUUAUUCCUGCUGUUGAGUUGCAUUAUGGGAUCUUCAUCUUUCCUCCAAUGACGUUUAACUUUAAGAAAAAGAUGUCUAAAGUGACUUUUAUGAGUGUUUCUAAUAGUUUAAAGAGCUGCUGAACUGACUUAAUGCCGAGUUCAGACUGCAGGAUUUUUAAAGUAGUGGCAUCACAGACGUUUUGACUCUGCAUGACUAUCUGGGCUAACGUUUCGUCGCUGCUUUGUUUACACUGCAAGAUGGAUCAGCGACAGGGGGUUUCACACCGCAUGACUUUACUAUAGGAUUGCAGACUACUUUGUCUCAGUCUGAAAAAAAUCUCUCUCAAGCAAACGCACAAGAGAAGUGAAAUGGAAGCAAGGAGAGGUCACGCUGUAUAUCUUGCAUAAUGAACUAUGUAUAAUGAGAAAGAAGCCUUUAGUGGGGUAGAAAAUCUACUUAUUUGGCUCAGGUGGGCUUUGAGGGGAAUUAGCAAUCUCUCCUCACCUUUUUUUUCUUUCUCCACCCAGUUGUGGUAAAGCUCAGACCAAACGUCAGACAGACACGGGUGCUCCUGCCAAAUCUACACUAGUUUUCCUCCAUUUCUUGGGCCCAAUAGACUGAAAGUGAGCGCUUUUAACAUCUCCCUCAUCCUCCCGCUGGCCUGCAGAUACACACACUAGUGGAUGCUGCGCUCUCAUUGGCUGUAGGCGAUCGCUGAUGCUAUUUUCAAUCAGAACUCAUUCACACGACAUGAUGUUGACUCGCUGACAGCUCCAGAUAUUCAGCAUGCCAGAUAUCUCACGGGUGUCUGCGACUCAUCGGCGAUUCUCUCAGACGACGUCUUUGAUCGUUCACACUGUGUGAUUGACCUGAACGAGCAGCGAUUGGUGAUUUCAGGCGUUUGUCUUCGACUUCUCAAAACUUGUCGGUGAGUCAGAAUCGAGGCUAAAAUCCCGCAGUCUGAACUUAGCAUAAAGCGGACAGAGCAGAGAUCAACAUCCCAUAAUGCAAUUCACCAAUCUAAACCCUAAAUACAGCCACUGUUCAUUAGCAGAUGUUUCUACAGUGCAGGAUAUUAAAAUUCAGCACAUCUUACACUACAAUGCUGUCGGAGAGGACUUUUAUUUUGAAAUGAUGUGUUAUUAGUAAAUAAUGCUCAUCUGACGCUCUCAUUACUGUCAUAACAAAAUCUGUUUCAUUUCAUUGAAGGCAAAAGAAGUGCUUCAUUCAUUUUCAUUUCAGCCUAGUCCAUUUAUUAAUCAGGGGUGGCCCCAGCGGAAUGAACCAUCAACUUAUCCAGCUUAUGUUUACAGAGUACUGCAACCCAGUACUGAGAAACACCCAUACACUCAUUCACUACGGCCAGUUUAGUUGAUCAGUUCCCCUAUAGCGCAUGUGUUUGGACUGUGGGGGAAACUGGAGCACCCGGAGGAAACCCACGCCAACACAGAGAGAACAUACAAACUCCACACAGAAACACACACUGACCCAGCUGAGAUUCAAACCAGAGACCUUCUUGCUGUGGGGCGGUUGUGCUACCCACUGCGCCACCAUGACACCAAUAAGUGCUUCAGUGAUGUAUAAAUAUCUUUGUAAUGAAUCUGUAGUAAUAUCUUCAUGGAAAUAUGAUCUCUUUCUUUAGUCAUGUGAGAUUCAGUCCCUCGUUAUACCGUGUUUAAUAGACGUCUUGGAAAUCUGAUAGAUUCAUUACUGGGCUGCUCAUCACUGUCUAUUUGUGGACUAGUCUAGUUCUGAAUCUCUCAGAUUAUCACUGACAGCCCAAAUUCAGCCUUGUCUCCUAAACACAAUGAACACCUGGUGUGUUCCCAAACGUCAGCCAUGGGCACAUAAACAGCAUUACUGUGCUGGAGAGCUUGUGGAUGGAGGAACGUCUGUGCAGGUAUAGUUGUGCCACAAUUCUGCACUCAAAAGCGGAGGUGAAAUGGCUUGAUGCACACGGGUUACUCAGUUUUGAGGUUUUUGCAACAUAAUCCCAGCGCAGCAAGCCACUUCACCAGCUCAAACAUGUCGCUCAGACUUGCGCACAGAGACGCAGCGUUGAUUCCUGCAGACUGUGUGAAGUAUGAAGAGUUCUGCUCUGAUUAUGCUAAAACAAGCAGGAGUGAACGCUGUAAAUCUGUAAAACUGACCCUCUCAGAUCAUCUGACUUGUACAUUGUGUAUGUUUAAGCCUGGGAGACUAAGAGAUGAUGGUGUUUAGUUUAGGUUUCGUCCCGGGACCCGCGGGGACUACAGGUGCUUCAUCAUUCGUCCAGGAAUGUUUCUGUUUUAAUAGUAAUGUAUUCACAUAGAGUUAGCUUAUCUACACAGGACGCGCGUACAGGUCGGGUCGUUCACCAGCAGGUGACUUUACUUUACGCUGUUUGUUUCGCAGCAGCUCAACUUGACAUGUGGACAUGCGAUGAUCACGUCUGUACUCUUCAUAAGCCUCCCUGCUCUAAAUAGCUUCGCAUUGUAGUCACUGUGGAACUUGCAAAACUGUGUGUGAUGUUUUAAGAUGCGAUUGUGUGUGUGUGUGUGUGUGUGUGUUUGAGUGUUAUGUAUGUAAAUCCCCCCAUGUGUGUGUGUGUGUGUGUGUGUGUGUGUGUGUGUGUGUGUGUGUGUCACUAGCCUAUGUAUUCUCAAAUGUAUAAUGUGUGUGUGUGUGUGUGUGUUUGCUCUAUUGGUUGAUUCUGUUGUUGGGUGCAUCUGGAGAGACACUUUACGAUGUCUGAAUAUACCUGGUGCUGUAUUUGACCUGCCUGUGAGCCCGAACGGGUCUUCUCUGUUGUGCCGUGGGAUUUCCAUCUUAUUUAAAUAAAGGGGCGGAGCUAUUGCACUUUUUCCACAACCUAUAUUCUGACUAGUACCCGGAAAUCCCGGCAUUUUACCUGCUCUAGAGAAAAUAAAAAUAAAAUAUUUUAAAUAAACACCA